GACGCGCGGCGCGGCUACUCCGCUGUCGGCUGGGUCUUCGCGCUUCCCGCGGACAUAGCUGAGGGGCCUGCGGCGGCUAAAGCAGAGGGCUGUGCGUGGAAGAGGAGGGCUUGCGGAGCCUAAUUUCGGGGCCGCAAGCGCCGGUGGGGACCCGGCAAGGAGGGCUGGAAGUGGCGGGGACAGGCGAGGCCGCGAUGAAGCCGAGCGGCGAGGACGGGGCGGCGCCCUCCGUGGGCCCCUGGGAGGAGUGUUUCGAGGCUGCGGUGCAGCUGGCGCUGCGGGCGGGACAGAUCAUCAGAAAAGCCCUUUCUGAAGAAAAACAUGUCUCAACAAAAACAUCAGCUGCAGAUCUGGUGACGGAAACGGACCACCUGGUUGAAGAUUUAAUUAUUUCUGAACUACAGAAGAAGUUUCCUUCACACAGGUUCAUUGCAGAAGAGGCUGCAGCAGCAGGAGCCAAGUGUGUGCUCACUCCCAGCCCCACCUGGAUCGUCGACCCCAUUGAUGGCACCUGCAACUUUGUGCACAGAUUUCCAACCGUGGCAGUAAGCAUUGGGUUUGCUGUGAACCAAGAGCUUGAGUUUGGAGUCAUCUACCACUGCACUGAGGAGCGGCUGUACACGGGCCGGCGGGGCCAGGGCGCCUUCUGCAAUGGCCAGCGGCUCCGGGCCUCCCGGGAGACAGAUCUCUCAAAGGCCUUGGUUCUAACAGAAAUCGGUCCCAAACGUGAUCCUGCCACUCUGAAAUUGUUCCUGAGCAACAUGGAGAGGUUACUCCACGCCAAAGCUCAUGGGGUCCGAGUGAUUGGCAGCUCCACCCUGGCACUCUGCCACCUGGCCUCGGGGGCUGCAGAUGCCUAUUACCAAUUUGGCCUGCACUGCUGGGACCUGGCUGCAGCCACGGUCAUCAUUAGAGAAGCAGGUGGCAUUGUUAUAGACACUUCAGGUGGACCCCUCGACCUCAUGUCCUGCAGAGUGGUUGCUGCAGGCACCCGGGAAAUGGCCACACUCAUAGCUCAGGCCUUACAGACAAUUAACUACGGGCGAGACGACGAGAAGUGACUGGGAGCAGACAAUGAAGAGAACAGACUCAAGGACUGGGCUCCCCGGGCAUGCUAAAGCUGGCAGCCCUGGGCAGGAAGUGCCUUGAGUAGCCUGCACUCUGUCACAUGUCUCCUGAGUUCCUCUCCACCCCAAAGGAAGGUGUUUUGUUAACGCACGUGACUCUCUGGUUAAUUGCACAUUUUUCACCGGGAUUUGGUGUUUAGCUGGUUUCUCUCUGUAAUCACACACAGCCUUUUUCAGGUUAGUACAAUUCUUAUAUCAGGGCCAAAACCCAAAUCUCAGAUGACAUAUGUAUUGACAAUGCAAUCUUGAUUCCCCCCUUCACACCCCUUUCCCCACUCCACCCCUGAAUGCAAAUCUCAGGUAAUACGGCUUUAGAACUGCUGAUGAAGCGGACUUGUUCUCAGGCCCUCCCCGUGGUACUUAUCACAAUGCAAUAAAUCAAAGUAAUGGCACUCUG